AAGCCAGAAUUGUGGAGGCCAAAAAGCAUGCUGGGGCUGUGUUCCAAACAUUGAGAUAGAGGUACAUAAUUAUCCAGCACAGGAGGUCUUUCCAGAGACUCGUCCCCCAGAAACUGUGGCGAUUAAACUAUGAAAAGAAUUUGGUUUCGUUUCAUCUUCCUUGGACUCUCCUUCUUCUGGGAAAGGGCCAUCCUCGAAGGCUGGUCGCUGUCGUGGUGGUAGAAGGUGGUUUGGCUCCAUGGAUGGGACCAGAGCUCUGAUUUUUGCUUUGCUGCCCCUUUGCAAGCCGCGGUUUUGAAUUUUUUUCGGCUGUCCUGUGGAUGAAGAGCCCCUUCUUUCUGCUGGCAGAUGUUCAGGUGCAGAAGCUGGCAAAAAUCUUCAGGUGAGAAGCAGCAGCCGUCGUUCCAAGGGAGGAGGCAUUACCCUGGCCGAAGGCACUGCUUUCUCUCCAUGCUUCUCUAGAGGUGUUCAGAUGGGAUUAAAGUCCACAUGGAGAUAUGGAAAUGGACCAGGAAUUUACUCUAAAAAGAUGGUCAGCUGGGAUUCGGGUUGCCUUAUCGGCCUGGUGGUGGUCACCAUGGCUGGACUUUGCCUGGCUCGACCUUCGUUUAAUUUAGUUGAAGAUGCCACGCUGGAACCUGAAGAGCCGCCAACCAAAUACCAAAUCUCUCAGCCAGAUGUUUAUUCAGCACUUCCAGGAGAACCGCUUGAGUUGCGCUGUCAAUUGAAAGACGCCGUCAUGAUCAGUUGGACUAAGGAUGGGCUCCCUUUGGGGCCCGACAAUAGGACAGUGAUUAUUGGGGAGUACUUACAAAUUAAGGAUGCUACACCCAGAGAUUCGGGCCUCUAUGCUUGCACUGCUGUUAGGACCCUAGACAGUGAUACUCUGUACUUCAUUGUAAAUGUUACAGAUGCUCUUUCUUCUGGGGAUGAUGAAGACGACAAUGAUGGGUCCGAGGACUUUGUGAAUGACAGCAACCAGAUGAGGGCACCCUAUUGGACACAUACAGACAAAAUGGAGAAGAGGCUACACGCGGUGCCAGCGGCAAACACGGUCAAGUUUCGUUGCCCAGCAAUGGGGAACCCAACACCGACCAUGCGAUGGCUGAAAAAUGGGAAAGAGUUUAAACAAGAGCAUCGUAUUGGUGGAUACAAGGUCCGCAACCAGCACUGGAGUCUCAUCAUGGAGAGCGUGGUCCCGUCUGACAAAGGAAAUUAUACAUGCAUAGUGGAAAACCAGUAUGGAUCCAUCAAUCACACGUACCACCUCGAUGUUGUUGAGCGAUCCCCGCACAGACCCAUCCUCCAGGCUGGCCUCCCAGCAAACGCCUCUGCAGUCGUCGGAGGUGACGUCGAGUUUGUCUGCAAAGUCUACAGUGAUGCUCAACCUCACAUCCAGUGGAUAAAACAUGUAGAGAAGAAUGGCAGUAAAUACGGACCAGAUGGACUGCCCUAUCUCCAGGUUUUAAAGCAUUCGGGGAUAAAUAGUUCCAAUGCUGAAGUGCUGACACUGUACAAUGUGACAGAGGCGGACGCUGGAGAAUAUAUUUGUAAGGUCUCCAAUUAUAUAGGGGAGGCCAACCAGUCUGCCUGGCUCUCUGUUCUGCCGAGUAAACAAGCUCCUGAGAAAGAAAAAGAAUACCCGACGUCUCCAGACUACGUGGAAAUAGCAAUUUACUGCAUAGGGGUCUUCUUAAUUAUCUGCAUGGUGCUGACUGUCAUCCUGUGUCGCAUGAAGAACACCACCAAGAAGCCGGAUUUCAGCAGCCAGCCCGCUGUCCAUAAGCUGACAAAACGAAUCCCUCUGCGCAGACAGGUAACAGUGUCAGCCGACUCGAGCUCCUCCAUGAAUUCCAACACGCCGCUGGUGAGGAUAACGACUCGCCUCUCCUCCACCGCCGAUGCCCCCAUGCUGGCUGGAGUCUCAGAGUACGAAUUGCCAGAAGACCCCAAAUGGGAAUUUCCAAGAGAUAAGCUGACGCUGGGUAAACCCCUGGGAGAAGGUUGCUUUGGGCAAGUCGUCAUGGCCGAAGCGGUGGGGAUUGACAAAGACAGGCCAAAAGAAGCGGUGACCGUGGCGGUGAAGAUGUUGAAAGAUGAUGCUACAGAAAAAGAUCUAUCCGACCUGGUGUCGGAGAUGGAGAUGAUGAAGAUGAUUGGGAAGCAUAAAAAUAUCAUCAAUCUUCUGGGAGCCUGUACCCAGGAUGGUCCUUUGUACGUGAUAGUGGAAUAUGCUUCCAAAGGAAACCUGCGUGAGUACCUGCGAGCACGCCGCCCCCCGGGGAUGGAGUAUUCCUUUGAUAUUAACAGGGUACCAGAGGAGCAGAUGACAUUCAAGGACUUGGUGUCAUGCACAUACCAGCUGGCAAGAGGCAUGGAGUACCUGGCUUCACAAAAAUGUAUCCAUCGAGACUUGGCUGCAAGAAAUGUUUUGGUAACUGAAAAUAAUGUCAUGAAAAUAGCAGACUUUGGUUUAGCCAGAGACAUCAACAAUAUAGAUUAUUAUAAAAAGACUACUAAUGGACGGCUUCCAGUAAAGUGGAUGGCUCCAGAAGCUCUGUUUGACAGAGUUUACACGCACCAAAGUGAUGUUUGGUCAUUUGGUGUGUUAAUGUGGGAGAUCUUCACGUUAGGAGGAUCGCCUUACCCAGGAAUCCCAGUGGAGGAACUUUUUAAGCUGCUUAAAGAAGGGCACCGAAUGGAUAAACCUGCCAACUGCACCAAUGAGCUCUAUAUGAUGAUGAGAGAUUGCUGGCAUGCUGUGCCUUCACAGAGACCGACUUUUAAACAGUUGGUAGAAGACUUGGAUCGGAUUCUCACUCUCACAACUAAUGAGGAGUAUCUGGACCUCAGUGGGCCUCUGGAACAGUAUUCACCUAGUUACCCUGACACCAGGAGUUCGUGUUCUUCAGGUGAUGACUCUGUUUUUUCUCCCGAUCCAAUGCCUUAUGAACCUUGUCUUCCCAAGUACCAACACAUGAAUGGAAGUGUUAAAACAUGAAAAGAAAUCAUGCAGAUCAUGCAGAUGGAUAAAGAAACAAAAACAUCAAGCU